AUGCCUCCGGGGCCUGUUCGCCGCCCCUUGGCGGAGGCCCCUUUCCGCCCUGCCGUCAUGUUCUGCCUGAAAUGCCUCAGAACUUCGGUCAAGAACUACGUUGCGGGGUCUGGUGUGCAGUUUGAGCCUAACUGCUGUUUCGACGCCGUCUCUUCAGUGAAAUGCCGGCAGUGCGCCGCGCGGAAGUCCAAUUGCAUCCCGACGGCGACGGGAAUGCUGGGAAACGCGUCCGAUUUGGCGGAGAUUCUGCGCUGGGCUGCGUAUUUUUGGGACACUGAGCAGGAGGGCAUCUGGGAUCCAGCGUUUCGCGUGCCUGUCGGCAACUUUACUGCUGCGCUUGCAGCAAAGUUCGCUGACGCGGAGAAGGCCCACAGGGUCGAGCACCACGUCUCUGCCGCGACCAAGAAAGCAAUGGUGAAACACGCCGCCGCGUAUCGUGGUUUUGUUGUUGAGCGUCGCACCCUUGCUGCGCGCACGAACGAGGACUUCGAGUACCUUCGUCUUCUCCCUGGCGAUGCGGGCUAUUUACUCUGGCAACUCGCGAUUUCGACAUUUUUGGACGAUAUCAUUCAGGAGGUGACGCGUUUGUAUGCUGAUGGGCAGGGGAAUGAGGAGCGUUUUGUUCAGGAGCUCCGCGACUCUUUUCCGGUGGCCGUCGUUCGUGGUCUGUAGCAGGAUCGUUUUACUGGCGUUUCUAGCACGUCUCGAUACCCUUGCGCCGUUGUGGUGCCGCUUGUUUUUAUCCCGUCGAAUACAGUCCGGGUUUGAUGUUUUCGU